GUUGAUGUCUUAUCAAUCAUUCAGUGGUUGAUGUUUAUUAUGAUGAAUAUUGUUUUCAAAUAGUUUAUCCGCUGGUAUGAAAUUUUGUUUGUAAAACAACAAAGUACAGGUGGAGAGACUUCUAAAUUGUUAAUAGGUUUAAGCAUUAAAAGAAUGGAUUUACAGAUGUCUAGCAGUGCCGUUUUAAUAAAUGAUGCCAGAGCAUGUGCUUCUCUUUUAGUAAGAAAUAGUAAACUCUUCAUCAAUCCACAAUAUUGGCAUAAAAUUACUAUUCAUAAUUGUGAAGGUAUUCAUAGGGAUGUAUUACUAAAAGCAGUUUUGGAUGCUAUACAUCCUAAUGAUUUGAUCCCAGUGCAUUUUAGAAAAGAAGAUUCCAAUGCUUCAUUUCUUGCAAGGAAUUGCAAAGCAGCAAUUGAAAAAUUGUGUCAGAACAAUUUAUUUAUUGCUAACCCUUUGAAUAACAAUUUACCUUUUAAAUUAUCAAUAGUAUUGGCAUAUUCAACAACUAAUGAUUUGCAAAUUAAUGUACAAGAUAAUGUGCUUGAAGUUCUUAAUAAAAGAUAUAAUUCCACUACAAAAACACUAAAUCUAGAUGCUUUCUACAAAGACCCAGAUUUAGAAGAGUUUUGUGUACUCUCUCAACCAAAAAUAUUAUAUUUUGUUUUACAUUUAAGUAAAAAUUUAAUUGUCCAACAUCUUAAAUUGAGCAAUAACGACAUAAGUAUUCUCAACCCUGUUGAAUCUCUUUGGGGAGUAAAGAAUUUGACUUCCCUAGAUUUGAGGAACAAUUCAAUUGAAUCAAUUAAGAAGCUAACCAUAUUGAGUUCUUUAUCAAUUCAUGAUCUUUGGCUUGAUGGCAAUCCAUUAUGUGAUGAGUAUGACGAGUACACAUAUGUUCAGGCAGUUAAAGAAGUAUGCCCUCAGAUAGAAAAACUCGAUGGAAUAAUACUUCGACAGAGUGGUUUUCCUGCCUUCCGCCGUAAUUAUCUAUGCAAUCCAAAAUGCCAGGAAAUGAUUGAUAAUUUCAUGGAACAUUAUUUUACAAUUUACGAUAAUAAAAAUGAACGCAAUAAGCUAUUAGGAAUUUACGAACAAAACGCGACAUUUUCUAUUACAAGUAGAUAUCUUAUAGGUCAAAGUACAUCUGCAACUGCUAGUUUAACACCAUACAAACUCGUGUCAAGAAAUAUUCGUACUCUAUCAGAUUUAGCGAAAAGCGAUGAAAAUCUUGUAAUGGGCAAUGAGAAAAUCAUUAAAAUAAUUCAGAAUCUUCCACCAACUGAGCAUGAUCCCUAUACAUUUACUGUUGACCUCAUGAAGUGCACAGAUGAACUUAUUUUAUUGGUGGUGAACGGCGUAUUUCGUGAAUGCUCUGACAAUCUUUCAGCACCAGAGAGAAUUUUGGGUUUUACACGUACAUUUAUUCUUGGUGCAAAUGAUAACAAUGAAUACAGAAUUAUUAACGAACAGUUGCAUGUCAGUAAUGCAACUACAAUUCAGCAACAGCGAGCGUUUAAAGUAGUUAAGGUGGCAAAAGAUAACAUUUUUACAUCUUCAUUUACCGAGGCAGAAAAAAAGGAAAUGAUUGAGGCAGUCAAAACCUUCACUACAAUGAAUAUGGAAUGGUCGAAAAAAUGUCUUGAAGAGUGUCACUAUAAUCUCCCAAAAGCGUUAUCAUUGUUCGUGGAUUUGUACAAAGUGGAUAAUAUUCCUGAAGAAGCAUUUCAGAGAUAAUUUUGCCGAAAUAAUACUGUAUAUAGAUGGAAAUCGUGUAUGAUAAGUUUAAAAUUGUGCUUAUUUGAUUCAAUAAACUGUGAAAUAAUUGUAA